AUGUCCAAUCUAACAUCUGUGCAAAAGAAAUGUGGCAAAUGUGAGAAGGUUGUGUAUCCAACAGAAGAAUUGAAAUGUUUAGAUAAGUUUUGGCAUAAGGCUUGUUUCAAAUGCAGUGUCUGUGGCAUGACAUUGAAUGUUAAAAAUGUGAAGGGCUACGAAAAAUUACCAUAUUGUAAUGUUCAUUACCCACAACAAAAGCCAACCGUGGUAGUCGACAAUCCAGAAAUGCAAAGAAUAAAACAACUGACUGAUAUUCAAAGCAAUGUUAAAUAUCAUGAAGAUUUUAAUAAAAAUAAAGGCAAAUUUACUGCUGUAUCCGAUGAUCCAGCAACAAUUCGAGCUAAAGAACAUCAACGCGUUGUCAGUCAAGCCGAAUACACAGGAAAACGAAAAGAUAGUUCAACGCAAUUAAUUCAUGACAAUCAGCAACAACAUCAUCCGCAUCAAACAUCUCAACAACAGUCAGUACAUCAUUAUCCAGUUUCUUCUCUUUACCAGAAUGGAAAAGGCGGAGGUGAUAGUACUGCAUCAGUAGGAAGAGUCGCUGACUAUGACCCAUUAAAUGAUGAUCGUGGUUCGUUGAUGAGAGGGUAUGAACCAACAUCGAAAGCAUUACACGCUACAAAAUUUGAACCGCAAGGUACAAACAAAAACAGCGUCUAUCAUCCAACAAUGAUAUCAUCUUCAAAUAUUAAUUCUGAGAACGGUGGCAGACAUCAGCAAAAAUAUCAGGAUUCGCAUCAAUAUCAACAACAGAAUAAUAGUAACAAUAAUCAUCAUCAUCAUGAACAAAAAUAUGAUCACGAAGAAGAGCAUCAUCAUCAUUCAGGAAACUCCCAUGUUGGUGGACCACCUUCUAAUAUGAAAGUUCGUGCAUUAUACAAUUAUGAAGCAACGGAAAGUGAUGAAAUAUCAUUUAAUGAAGGUGAUCUUAUUGUUGAAUGCGAAGAAAUUGAUGCUGGCUGGAUGGUUGGCAAACAUAAUGAAACAAAAAUUAAAGGUUUAUUACCAUCAAAUUAUGUUGAAAUUAUUGAAUGA